UUUAAAAAUGAGACUCAAAAAGAUGCUAAUUUUCUUCCUAAUGUUAUUCCUAACCUCACUAUGCAGUCUUGAUAAGGGUUCAAAGACCAAUAUGGAGUCAAAAGGAGCCUCUUCCUUGAGCUCAAUUGAAAUAUUAAAAAUUCCUUAUGGAGAAAUUAUUUCCACUGAACUGCGUAGAGACAGCCUAUAUCUCGUCAAGGUUGAUGUCACAGGCAUUAACACAGGUGAACAUGAAGUCUUAGUAAGAGUGGACGAAGGCCAAGUUGCUGAUUACUCCACCAUUUGGGCGUCAGAGCUUGACCAUGAGACCCUGAAAAGCCCGAACAAGGCUAUUCAAGCAGUAUAUGAAGGAAUGCGAGCUAAAGGAGGUGAAAUGGUAUUUGAGAUAAACACUCAAAGAAAAAUAACACUCAGAGGAAAUACCACAAUCGAGCUGAUUAAAGAAGAAGAUAAAGACUUCAUUGAAUUUUACUUAGCAAUAAGGCAACAGACUAAAGCUCGUGAGAAAAGGUUUGAGCAGACCAAAGUCCGGACCAGCUUAUAUGUUUUCCCAGAUAUGGGUAUAAAAUUAUUUGGCUUGCUAAAGCUUAAGUUAGAAUUAGCAAUCCCUCGACAAAACGUGGUUAUAUCUCUAUCUCUAAUAUGCCUAUUCUACAUAGUUUUCUUCACUGCAAUUUGAGGAUGCUUCAAGGAAUACAGACAAAUAAUGACGGCGAAAAUCCCUGAAAAUGUUCUUGAACUAGACACAGAAUUCGAGAAGGAGAAAAUCAGCUAAAUUUA